AUGUUGUGCUCGGAUGCCUGUGCAAAUCCGGAUAACUUGGAGAUCCGCUGCAGAAAAUGGAAUACAAGACAGUAUUCAAGACGAAAAGGUGGUUCACUGCAAGACACAACCAUCUGUCGAUAUCAACCGGUUCAGAUCUAUCGAUCUCUCUUUCAGUUUCCUUCAGUGAACUCACAGCGACUAUCAUUCUCUUCAUAUCUAUCUAUCUAUCUAUCUAUCUAUCUAUCUAUGACAUUCUUUUUUAUUUCUAUCUGUAUUUAUCUAUCUAAAUCCGUGGGUAUCAAAAUAUGUUUCCAUCUAUCUUACUAUCUAUCUAUCUUACUAUCUAUCUAUCUCACUCUGUCCAUUAUCUAUCUAUCUAUCUAUCUAUAUCAAUUUAUUCAUUAUGUGUCUAUCUCUGUAUUUAUAUUCGGACAAAUCUUUUGUUAUCUUUCUUAUUAUAACAAAACCAAUAAAUCAGUCUGUCUAUCUAUCUAUCUAUCUAUCUAUCUAUCUCACUCUGUUCAUUAUCUAUCUAUCUAUAUCAAUUUUUUCAUUAUGUGUCCAUCUCUGCAUUUGUAUUCAGACAAAGCCUUAUCUUUUCUGAUCAUUAUCUAUCUAUCUAUCUAUCUAUCUAAUAACGUUCUUUAUCUAUCUGUCUAUCUAUCUAUAGAUAUAUUCGAUAAAUUUAAUGAUACUACCGUGGCACCGUUCUUGGGCAGUUUUCAAAACAUUGCCGCAUGUCUUUUUCAUUCAGUUCUGAAAAUUGAGGUAACAAGGAAGGGAGGCAGACGACUAUUAUCCCUCUUUUUGUAG